CUAUAUAAACCAAAUAGAUAUGAAGACAGAAAAAUACAUCGUAAAAGAUAUCCAAGGUUUGAAAAGAGAUGACACCACCGAAGCUAUCUGUUAUCGACUUUUCGUUGAAAAACCUAAUCCCUAACUCAAGUUCAUGGAACACAACAUGUAGUGAAGCUAUGCAUGCGCUUGAAGAACACGGGGUUUUCAUAGCCACGUACGACGGCGUGUCUCAGGAACUUGACGACGCGAUUUUCCUUGCAUCACGAGAUGUAUUUGAUCUUCCUACGAAAGUCAAAGUCCUAAGCACUUCAGAUACACCAUAUCAUGCUUACAGUGGUAAAACUCCCAUCAUGCCUCUUUACGAAAGCAUAGGCAUUGAGAACGCAACAACUACAGAAGGAGUUGAAUUCUUCACAAAACUCAUGUGGCCUUCUGGAAAUGAAAAUUUUGGUAAAAGUACUUUGAUGUUCUCCAAAGCUGUAGCAGAACUAUAUCAGAUAGUGAUGCGGAUGGUAGCAAAAAGCUAUGGAAUAAAAGAACAAUGUGAGACGCUCCUUGGGUCCUCAGUUCAAAAUCUUCGAUUCAUGAAGUACUUAUGCCCUGAAGAGGAUGAGGGAAAUCCUCUAGGCAUGCUUCCUCACACUGAUAUUAGUUUUAUGACAAUUCUUCAUGACAAACAAGUAAAGGGUCUGCAGAUAAAGACUAAGGAAGGACAGUGGAUCGAAGUUGAUCCUUUGCCUUCAUCGUUCAUAGUCAUGGCAGGUGACGUUUGCAUGGCAUGGUCAAAUGGAAGAAUUCAUGCACCGUGUCAUAGGGUUAUCAUGCAGGGAAACCAAGAGCGAUAUUCGUUGGGGCAAUUUACUUUUAUUAGGGGUUUGGAUAUACAGAUACCACAAAAACUCAUUGAUGAGGACCACCCACCACAGUUCAAGGAUUUUGAUCACUACAAUUACAACCAACUAAAAAACUUACUAACCAACAUCACUCACCACCCAACCAACACCACCCACCACCACCUCCAUCACCCAUCACUACCACCCACCACCACCCAUCACUACCCACCACCACCACCACUCAUCACCACCACCCGCCUCCACCACCGCUCACUACCACCCGCUACCACCACCCUCACCCAUCACUCACCAAAACCACCACCUGCAACCCCCAUCACCACCUACCACCACCCAACCAUCACCACCCACCUCAACCACCCAUCACCACCACCCGCCACCACCACCCCCACCCAUCACCACCACCCGUCACUACCACCUACCAACACCACCACCCACCACCAUCUGCCACCACCACUCACUAAAACCACCACCCACCACUACCAUCACCACCCACCACCUGCCACUACCUAA